UGAACUAGUUCAAUAUUAAGCAAAUCUCUAAAAAAGUGAAUAUUUCAUGGAAAACUGCACACCAACGUAAAGUGAAAUAUUAAGAAUACUUUUAAUUGCAACAAAAAAAAAGAAAAUGUGACAACGCAACAAGUAAAACAAAUCAAAAUCAGAUGUACCUAACUAAGUAUCACAUUUCAACGUACCUACAUAUGUAUGUGCAUAUGUGUGAGGUGUGUUGAGAUACAACAACGAACGCUUGUGAAUUCUUAUUAUUUAAACAAUUUAAAUGCCUGUAAUUGAUUCAGCAGAUUUAGCAUUUAGUUAUAAAGACGUUUUUGAACUUUGCUGAGUUUAAAAAAUAAAAAACUCUUAAUGUGUGUAUGUAUGCAUGUCAGUUUACAAAAGCAGCAUACGUACGUAUUUUAAUAUUUAUUUGUAAAAGUAAAAGUGCAGUAAAAAAAGCGAGGACAAAAGAGCAAGAAGAAGGUACAAAAUGGACAUUAUUAAAGAUAGUUCGAGAUACUCACGGUCUGAUUUACUGGCUCUUCGACAUGAAGGAAGUUCGAGAGAACGACCACAUUGUGCAAACCGAACAGAGCUGCAAACGUUAAAUUUUUGGAAAAUAAACGUGAUUCAAUCAAACAACAACAGCAACAGCUACGGGAAUAAAACUGGGCUGUCCCCAGAAAGGGAAAGCUCAAGUCUUACUAUUUCAAAUGGACUGUUAAGUUCUCGUCGCGCCUUGCGGAACCGGGAACGAGCCCACAAUUAUUAUCAACGGUUCAGUUCUAGCGAUCAGAUUGGGGGAGAAGACGUACAGGUUAGCUUAGCAUCAGCCACCGGAAAUCUCUGUGCAUCGUAUAAGUCACCCAAAAUAGAUCAUCGAAGCAUAUCUUCGUCGCAUUUAAUGCCGGCGUUUGCUAAAAAACGGUUUGUUAUUGCUUCAGGAGAAAGAAUUGAUCAAAAUGAAUCCCAAAACGAAAAGACGAAUGCCUCGGUUAAUUAUGAAGACGGUAAGAUGAAUGCAAAGGAAAACACUGCGACUCCUGCCCAUGCCAAUAUCGAUUUGAAAAAUCAUUUACGUGCCAUUAACAGCUCGUUAGGCUCACCCAUACGCAGGGGAUCACCCAUACGCAGAGCUCCUGCACCAGGCGAGUGGGAACGCGGUGAGAAACAUUCGAAUCCACAAGAGAAUGAACAAACGUUGGCGUUAUCGCCAACAUUUUCAUCGGGCCGUCAGGUUGGAAGCCUAAAUGUUCAAGAACGACGCAUUGGCAGUGGCCGACUAUUGCCACGAACUGAUAAUUGGGAAUAUAAAAACAAGGAUGCAGACAUUUUACUGAAUAAUCAUGAAAAGGACCGACCUGAAAAUGGCAGUCUGGCCAAUCAGCAGCGCCAGCGAACGAGUUCUGGGAAACAUAGCGAACGCACCAGCGAUUAUGUAGGAGAACGGGAUCGAGAUCGCGAUCGCAGACUUAAUGAACGCAAAGGAAUCGAUAAUCGUGAUCAGAAUGAUGGAAAAAAAAUGGUGCAAACCGGACGUCGCACUUCCAACAAAGACAAAUUUAAUUUUGGCGAUAGCAACAUUCAGAGUCGAGGCAAGCGCAUGAACAUAUACCAAACACACGAUAGACCAGAACCCGAAUGGUUUAGUGCUGGGCCAACAUCGCAGCAUGAAACGAUAGAUUUGCAUGGCUUUGACGACUUUGAGGGCGAGAGCUCUGCGAAUUUGAAGAUCGUCAAAGAAGAUGCGAGCAAAGAACUCGAUCUAAAAACAAACCAAGCAGCAACCCCAACAUCCAGAAGCAGUAGCAUAGCCAGCCUAAACGUCGUCGAAUCGAACAGUAACAACAAAAAGGAUUCGGAUUCGGACAUUACAAUGUCAAACGUUGCGCCUAGUAUACAAAAUCAUAACGUUCAGGCGAUUCCAAAAACUGAUGUUGAGUUCAAUUUUGAUGCCUUUCUUAAUAUGGAUCCUAUGGAUCAUGCACUUAUGGGUAAUGAUAGCGAGGUGCAAGGCGAUGUCAAAGGGACGUCGCGAUUCAGUCAGUGGUUUGCACCCAAGGAGCCAGCAAAUACUAACGAUCAGCUUUACUUUGGACACGCUUCUACGCCAGAUACGCAAGAAAUUCCUAGUGUGAAAGAUUUGGAAGCACAAAUGAGAAAAGUGGAUUUGCGUCCGGAAAACGAUAUAACAAUAAACGCAACGGCCAAUGCACACCCAACAAUUCACACAGAACAGAGAGACAAAGCUGUUACCAAGGAUACCGAAGCUUUUAAAAGACUUCUGCAGCAAUUAGGCUCCCAGAACAUAUCUCAUCCGGGCACUGAGUCGUCGAAUCCUAUGAAUGCAGUCGUUCGUAGCGGACAAAGCUCUAAUACUCAAGACCGCCAGCAGCACAUUAUUCGAGUUCAAGAAAACCAAAUAAAAGAAGAUGAACUACAACUAUAUCAGCAGCAGCAUUCCAAAAAAAUUGAUACUGCGCCACAAAGGCACAUUGAAAUGAUUUCCCAAAAUCAAAUGCAUCCCGUUUUGACGCCGGGUGUGCAUGAUUCAAACAUAUCUGGGUUCUUACCUCUGCAAGCACAUAAACGCAUGGAGAUUCAACAAUUGCUGCAAGGAGUUGUUCGAGGAGAUGUUUCAAUUGAAUUUUUAAAUAAGGAACUGAAUAAUCCCAACACAACGCAUCAAUCUAGGGAGGUUAUUGCAGCAGUACUUCAUGAAUGUUCCAAUUCCGGGCGAAAUACCGUACAACAUUUACCGUAUACGAAUGACAUACAUCCCCAUAAUCUCGUGAAAAAUCAUCAACUCUUUAACAAGAAUAUCGGCCCCGAAGAUGUAUUUACCCAAAACACUCCGAGCCAAGGCAUAAACCAACACCAAAGGCAUAGUAAUUCGCCGACACCUUUGGCAUUUACUCCAACAUCAGUUUUAAGAAAGAUGACUGCAGACAAAGAAUCAACAUCCGCGCUCAAUAACAGUGCCAACAAUCAGCAGUAUCACCAAUAUCAAUUACCCACGCACCACCCCAAACCGGCCGUACUCAAUAUGAUGAACGAGUCACCGGUAAUGUCUGCGAUUAACCAACUGCAGCCUAGGAUGAUUUUGGGUGGAAACUAUGCCAUGCAGCAUCAAUUAAAUGCCCACAGCCCGCAAAUUUCUCCAAAAUUACCGCCACAGAUGACUCAAUCGCGAAAUCAGCUAAAUAAAUGGCCUCCCGGAAGCUUGCAAACAACACAUGCAUCCAAGUCUUUUGGUCGUCCGAUUCUGAAAGGAACAUUAAACUCCAGUCCCCAACAAAUGCCUCCGCUAGCAUUUUUAUUAAAUAAUGACAUGCAACAAAUCCAUCAGCAAAAACUGAAGUCCAUGCCACCAACGGAAAUAAUAAACAAUGAAAUAAUACACGUUGGACCCCCAACACAUCAGAAUGUUCCAUAUGCCGAUGGACUCUCCCAGAUGCAGCAACAUCAUUAUAUACAGCAGCAACAGCAACGAUCACAGCCGCCCAGACAUCGAUUGCUGCAUGGAGAUAUGCACCGACAAACGAAUCUACCAAUGCAGACACUUCCAAUGGGAGGUGUCCCCGAAGGCUCCGAGUCGGCAAAUUUAAUAAAAAAUAAUAGUCUCGGUCCCAUGAACUAUCACAGAGAUGAACGUUUAUCGCCUAAAACAAAUCAAUUAGCCCAAUGGUUCUCCCCCGAAUUGCUUGCCAGAGCAUCAGCUGGUAAAUUACCUCUUUUAAAUAUGAACCAGGCGCUCAGCUUGGAAGAAUUCGAACGUAGCAUGCAACAUUCCUCAGCCACAGUGCUCAAUUAAGACUAAGAAUAAAUCUACUUUACAAGAGACUUAAAUGAAACUAAAUAAAAUUAGUUGAAAUGAUUGCUGUAUUAUUAAAUAAAAGUUUUUCUGUAGUUUCUUGAAAAAGAUUUAAAACCCUGUAUAUCUGUGCAUAGUUGCAA